GUCAUUCUGCCUUGGCUGCCUAUUGUUUCACAUUGGAUUUUUUUUUGGAGUUAUUCUGUUUUACGCCAUGGCGUUUUUAUUUUUUAUUUUUGUUAUAUGUAUUUUUAUUCAUAAUGCCUCACCAUUUUUCAUUUGUUUUUAUAUAUUUUUGUAGGAACAAUCGGAUAUCGCUGCUUAUUAUCAAAUCUCUUAUUCAAACAUGUCAUCGUGACCUCAAUUUAUUUUCCAAAUAUGUCGUUCGCAUCUUUAGCAUGAUUCUUAAUACACGCGAUAUUGACUUGAUUGAUCUCACUUGCGAAACGUACAUCGUGUUUUGUGAUCAUCAUGAGGGCGCGACUCUGGGCGUCGACCCCGAGUUUACGGCGGACUAUGAAUCACUGCUGGACAAAUUCGCAGGAUUUUGCAAUUAUACCAAUGCUGAUCGCUCGGUGGCCUUGAAAAUGCGAUACAUUGGUCACCGCGCGAUCCAAGCCGCCGUCAUGUCUACAGCAUUAAAGGCUUCGGAUAUCAAAACUCAACUCAAUACCAUCCUGCCACCUGUCGUGGCCACACUCGCUCAAUCCAAAGAACCCAUUCAACAGCUGUCAACCAACGACGGUUCCAUGGAUAUUCGACGUUCUGCCGUAGCCGAAGGCGAUGUACAGCAAAUGUCCAUUGAUCUUUUGGCAUCUCAAACCCUGUCUAUCCUUUACAAUAAAACCAAUGGGGCCGCAGUGCGUAUGUCGCUCACCACCAUGUUCAAAUUCAUUGAUGACAACGAUCUAUGGUGGCCAUCCGAGUUCGCUGCUUCCAUUGCCCGGCUUAUCUUGGAUUCGUUGCAGCCACAAUAUCGGUAUUUAUUGGUGUCGGAAAUGCUUCAACAACUGGAUCAACUCGAUAAAACUCACGUCAAUGCCAAAUCUGCAUCGCUGAUCGCUAUUCUUGAUAACGUUUUGAAUGCCAACCUUGCGUUGGUCGGUAUCUCCGUCCUCGAAGUAUUGAAUACUCUGUUUUCAUUGUUGAUGUGGUGGUUGGGAGAUCGGUCUCCACGCGAACAAUUGCCGGAGGAAGCAUCGGAACAGGAUCAAUACGAAUAUACGGUGCAUACCGGUGUCAUCAACUGCAUUGGUGGUCUCGCGUCUCAAACCUAUUAUCAAAAUCAGCUGAAUGACAUUGCCGGCUACCUUGUGGCCAAAUUACGGACAAGCACCACCCUGGAUGUGAUUGAUCAAUUACCUAUUGCGACCUACCGUUACAUCGUACUUCGUUGCCUCGAAGCCGUCAUCCGCACCACCAAACAUACCGACCCCCUCAGUCAUACCACGUCUUCUGAGGAAAUGAGCAUGCUACCACCAGCCGUCAACUUUAUCGCUGCCAAUGUAUGGACGCCAGCCUUGAGUUUGUUGACGGACAGAUAUGCAGAAACCCGUCUCAUGUUUGCACGUACAUUGUCACUGUAUCUAUCGACCUCGUUAAUGGAAAGAGUACCCGAAACGCCCCAGAUUCGUACCGACUCUCCUGGCCCUUAUCGACUGUCUCACGGAUGCUCAAUUUCUUCCAUGGACAGCUCCUCCAAGCAUUUGUUAUACUGUCAUGGGGAUACCAUGUUCCUGAAUACACUGCAGCAGUUGAUCGUGGAAUGGGUGGAAUUGCCGGAUUGCGAAUUUGAGGAAGUUUAUGCAGCCUAUGAUUUGCUUUGUGCUAUUGUUCAUCGAUUUAAGAUUGACGGCAUUAUCCAAUGCGUUCCCUUGAUUUUCAAGCUUCAGGAUUUGAUUAAGGAACACAGCCUGGGCUCUCCGGCACAGGAAAGAGCCGUGGCCACCAUCACACUUGAAUGGCUCUCCAUGGUUGGUCACUCGUAUCACUUGGAAAGUCUCUGUGACUAUACCGAUAAACUGAAAGAAGAACGAGUCCAAGCGAAUCAAUAUUUCGAGCUUGCAGCGAGCGAGCAAUCGACGGAUGCCAAGGAACUGGAAGCUCGCGAAAAGCAAAACGAUACACCCGUGGACAAAUUCAUUGAUCGACAUGUGGUUGUGGAUGCCCUAUCGAAAGACAGUCAGUUCCGUGAUCGUAGCGAUCGUCACGGUUUGGAUCUCGAAAGCAAACUGUACAUAGAGUGGGGCGCCAAAUUAGGAGCGAAUGGCGAUCACGCUUUCCGUAUUUGUACGUCUCCGAGUGUAGAAGAUCUGAAACCAAAAUUGGCCACCACACCGUGGUUGAGCACGGAUGUAAGGACUCGGGCAUGGACGUGGUGUGUAAUCUUCCAUGGACAGACACUCAUUUAUUUUUCUUGAUGAUCAUGUAGCGUGUGCCUCAAGAGAAGAAGCCGACUGUCAAAGUUGAAACGCUCAAAGAAGCACUUGCCGCACAAUUGUUAGCGAAUGAAACCGCCGAAAGUGCUGCGGAUUCCGAUUCACUUCAAAGCAUUGCGUUGACCAACAGCCUGGCGAAACGACCGAAAGACGCUCGACCCGAUAUUAACUCGCUGCUCAGUAAACUGAAUCGUGAUUCGGAUAAAGAAA